AGCGAGGAUUUGAGGGGACGCGCGCAGGUGGAAGACCAUGACAGAUACUUUCUUGUCCUGCAAACUUCAGUUAUUUUUUUUAACAACCGCAGUCCGGGAUGGAAAGACCUCCUCUGCCUCAUCCGGACAGGAGUGAAUCCCCCCAAGAAAGAAUGAAGUAACCGCUAUGGAGCCGGACAAUGCCCCGCACUCCGAACUCAAAGGAGCCGGGGGGAGAGUCCUGAUUCUUUGGACCAUUCUCUGUUGUACCUGUUCUCUAACACUAGCCCAAAAUGUAGAUAUUCUGCAGCAGCUGGGUCUCUCUGAGCAAAGGGCAGACGGGUCGACAUCUUGGAGCUCUCGCUCUGUCCCGAAUGGCAUCAUCCCCUUCAAGUCUGGCGUUAUACUCACCCCGAGGGCACGCAUCCAGGUGCCUCUGCGCACUGUCAUCCCUGCUUCCUAUACCACGACCAACCUCUCCCUGAUUCUCAGUCUGUCUGUUCACCGCAUCAACAGUGCCUUUCUGUUUUCCAUUGUGUCCAAGAGAGGGAAAGUGCAACUCGGUGUGCAGUUUAUACAGGGUAAGGUCCUUGUUUACGUGGGCCACAGAAACUCUGUCACAUUCGACUAUGAUGUAUACGACGGCCGGUGGCACAGUCUGGCCUUGGAGGUGAAAGGUCUCAGAGUGUCCUUGCAUACAUCUUGCGGAAACAGAAGCCUCCAUGCAGAUUUGCGUGCCAAAAAAGUGGAGGCGCUUGAUCCGAAGGGCUUGUUCCUACUUGGGAAAACAAACCACAAUGCAGUGCCUUUUGAAGGCGCUAUCUGCCAGUUCGACAUGUAUCCGUCAGCAGAGGCAGCUCAUAACUAUUGUAAUUUCAUUAAGAGACAUUGCAGAGAAGCCGACACAUAUCGGCCUGUCUUCGCACCACUGCUACCUCUAAUUUCCAUAGAACCAAACAUGACUCAGACAAAAGCACCGGCAUUUACCGCGCUAUCACAGAAGACCUCAAAACCUACUUUAUUCUCAUCUGAGCAAUCUACUGUUGUAACAACUGAUCAUUUGCUGAUUGAGAAUGAACCAUCUGUGUAUUGGACCCUUGAACCGACUGUUGCUGCUGUGUCCGUCAGUAAAGCAGAACAUCCGGUGUUGGAAAGACCAACUGUCAUCACAUCUGUCUGGACCAGUACGACACCACCAACGAAGGAACUAAAUUUUCAAACGGGUGACGACACAAAGCGGACAGAUGCAGACCCUCUUCUUGGACAAGGAUUUAAGGAUGUAGCAACCUCUACAAGACCACUAGAAACUAAAGUUUGGACCCAAAGCGAGUCCACAACGUACUUGCUCCAGAAUGAGCAACUGUCCACCAAAAAACCCGAGCCCAAUGUAACCAGUGUACAGGACAUCAAAACCAAGCCAGUUAUACCCAUCACUCCUGAAGCCUUAGAUGACUUCCAAACAUUUGACCUGGAACCAACCCUUGUCUCACUGUUGGCGGGACCACCUGGGCUGAAGGGAGAACCAGGACCUCCGGGCUUUCAAGGUCUUCCAGGUUUGCCAGGAAAAGCAGGGAAGCGGGGCCCACGGGGUCCCAUUGGCCCACAUGGAAACCCCGGUCAGCCUGGAUCACCUGGAUUGAAGGGAGAUAAAGGUGAUCCUGGUCUGUCACUUGGACAAGCCCCGAAUGGACCAAAAGGAGAGUCUGGGGUCAAAGGUCCUGCUGGAGCGCCUGGCCAAUAUGGGCGAAAGGGACAAAAAGGUCAUCCUGGUCCCGCUGGUCUGCCUGGUGAACCUGGUGAAAAAGGAGCAGACGGAAGCCCCGGGGUCAAAGGUUAUCCUGGCAGGCAGGGUUUACCUGGGCCUAUAGGUGAAAUGGGGCCAAAGGGAGACAAGGGCCACAUCGGCAUCCUCGGGCUCUUUGGCCUUCCUGGUCCUGAUGGCGACAGAGGAAUUCCAGGCGUACCUGGGAAGAAGGGCGAGAUGGGUAGGCCGGGAUUUCCUGGCGACUUUGGAGAGAGAGGACCCCCUGGCCCUGAUGGAAACCCUGGUAACCUUGGAGCUCCUGGCCCGCAUGGAGUCUCUGGUCUAUUUGGCGAGAUGGGUCCAGCUGGUAGUAUGGGUUUACCAGGACCACCAGGACUUAAGGGAGUGCCGGGAAACUUCGGUGAACCUGGACUGAAAGGUGAUAAGGGAGAUGUUGGCUUGCCAGGAGACCCAGGCGAGGCAGGGUUCAGAGGGGACAAGGGCAUCCAAGGGGCACCCGGUACACCAGGACCUUCUGGAAAUGUAGGCCCAACGGGUCAACCUGGUGACAAAGGCCCAGAUGGUACAGCUGGCCCGCCUGGCCUAGAGGGUUUCCCAGGUGACAUCGGCCCACCGGGUCAAAACGGCCCAGAGGGACCAAAGGGGAGGCAAGGCACACGAGGGUUUCCUGGUCCGCAAGGAACAUCUGGACUCAAUGGCGAUGAGGGGCUGGUCGGGCCAGCUGGACCGUUUGGAAUUGAGGGCAGGCCUGGGAGGCAAGGAUUCCCAGGAUUUACAGGCCUGGACGGACUCAAGGGAGAGACCGGGAUUACCGGAGAGGUCGGGAAUUUUGGAGAGAGGGGUUUGCCUGGCUUCAUAGGGACUACUGGGGAAAUAGGCCUUGCUGGAGAAAUGGGUGAUCGUGGGAAAACAGGCAUUCCCGGACCUCCAGGGGAAUCGGGGCCGAUGGGUCACACUGGAAUACCUGGAGAGACAGGUCCGCCUGGGAUGGAAGGAAUCCCAGGACCUCUCGGCUUGAUGGGAUCAGGUGGCACCAGGGGACCCAAAGGUGUGGAGGGUCCGAGGGGUCCAGAUGGUGUAGUUGGGGAAGACGGUGCUACAGGGCUAAAGGGCCCUGAUGGUCCGCCAGGAAAGUCAGGCUUCGUUGGUGAUGAGGGAAAGCUUGGCGAGCCUGGUGAAACUGGGCCAAAUGGAUUUCCGGGCGUACAAGGACACUCUGGCCCUCCAGGGGACAAAGGUCUUGCUGGAAACACAGGAGCAGCCGGGCCUCCAGGAACAGUGGGGGCAACAGGAGAGAUGGGACCCUUGGGUCUACCAGGAAAAGCUGGUGAUGGAGGACUGUCUGGUGAGCCUGGAGAGAAGGGCAACAAUGGUCCACUGGGCAACAUAGGAGAGCAGGGUCUGACUGGCCAGAGAGGUGAGCAAGGCAUCGACGGUGAGACUGGAUCAAGUGGUCCCGAUGGCAUUAAGGGUGAGAAAGGUGAUACCGGAACAGAGGGUGCCAAGGGAGACACGGGUGAAAUUGGUCAGAAAGGAGAGGAAGGACCCUGUGGGCCUCCUGGGCUAUCGGGGGUGAGGGGCCAAGAGGGCAAAUUAGGCGUAAUCGGUGAAAAAGGAAAAGCAGGAGGCAAGGGGACCAAAGGACACCAAGGUCACAUGGGUGAGAGUGGGAAAAUGGGAGAUCAGGGAACGCCGGGAUUUGUUGGACUGAAGGGUGCAAGAGGAACCAUAGGUCCAGUGGGAGUUCCUGGAAGAAUGGGCCAGAUUGGAGAAACGGGAAUACCAGGCUAUGAGGGUCACAAAGGACUUCAAGGCUCACAAGGACCACAUGGACCAAAAGGUGAAAAGGGUGAGCAAGGGGAAGACAGCAAAUUACCAGGCCCACCAGGUCGCCAAGGUGACAGAGGUCCUCAAGGUAACAGAGGUGAUAGAGGAGAAGCAGGUGACCCUGGAUAUGUUGGUCCAAUAGGGUUUGAUGGAGAGAGAGGUAAAACCGGUGCACCAGGACUUCCGGGAGAUGCUGGGCCCAGAGGACAACAAGGACCGAAAGGCUCCAAAGGUGAACAAGGUCAGAAAGGAAAAUCUGGGACUAGAGGAACAUCUGGGAGUAAAGGACCACCGGGUCCAGAGGGUCCCCACGGCUCCCGAGGCGAGACAGGAAGGAUGGGUCUUGAGGGCCUCCGUGGAAUAGAUGGACUGCCUGGUGAAGAUGGAAUCAAAGGCACCAAAGGGGGGCAGGGAGAAGAUGGAGUAUUGGGGCUAGUUGGAAAACCUGGGCCGCAGGGUAAAAGUGGUGAAACGGGUCUCCCUGGAGUUCAAGGUUCUUUUGGACCAAAGGGCGAACGGGGUCUCCCAGGUCAAACUGGACCUUCAGGAAUGAGAGGAACCCUCGGCGGUGUGGGAUUGAUGGGAAACCAAGGUGUGAAGGGCUCCAAAGGGCAACCAGGGGACCUUGGCGAACAAGGAUUUGGAGGGCUGGCAGGUCUGUUUGGACCAAAGGGACCCCAAGGAGACAUGGGCUCAACAGGAAUACAGGGACCUAAAGGACCGCGAGGACUGACAGGUAUGGAUGGAGCAUUGGGCCCUGUUGGAAUCAUUGGCCCCAGCGGCCAUCCUGGACUGCAAGGUGACAAAGGAAGUCAGGGGGACAUGGGCUUACCUGGACCAAGGGGGUCACCUGGGCCACGUGGACCACCAGGACCUCCAGGUCGCACCAGUUCUCCUCUUUCUUUUAAAAAUGAGGCGCUUGGGUCUUCUUUUCAAGUUAUCAUUGAUUCCUACAUUCCACUAGGGCCAGAGCGGAAUUACCCGAAUGUGGACUUUCCCAUGCUGGACCAAGGUACAGAGAUUUUUAGGACUUUAGAGCGUCUCAGCUCUCUGAUCCAUAAUCUAAAGAACCCACUUGGGAAGCGGAAUAAUCCAGCCCGAAUCUGCCGAGACCUCUUCAACUGUGAGCAAAGGAUGCGUGAUGGCACUUACUGGAUUGAUCCAAAUCUGGGCUGCGAUGCCGACACCAUCGAGGUGACUUGCAACUUCACUGCUGGAGGACAGACUUGCUUAAAACCUGUCACCGUCUCCAAGGUGGAGAUGGGAAUCAGUCGCAUCCAAAUGAACUUCAUCCACCUUUUAAGCACUGAGGCUGUGCAACAUAUCACGGUCCACUGCUUUAACACGCCUGUGUGGGCAGCAGGACCAUCCUUGCAGCUCUACAGCCAUGCUGUGAGUUUCAAAACUUGGACAGGGGAGAGAAUUCAAGCAGGAGAUCUUCUGGAACCACUUGUGCCCAGAGAUGACUGCUGGAUCAAAGAUGGCCGCUGGCGUCAGACCCAGUUUGUGUUCCAGAGUCAGGAGCCAAAUUUGCUCCCCAUAGUGGAUAUUUCCGACCUACCAACAACAGGACCCAAUUCACGUUACCACCUUGAGGUUGGGCCGGUUUGCUUCUUAUAAAGCUCAAGUAAAGGGAAGCCCUGGUCACCUCAAUGGAGUGACUUUAUUGAGAGUUUUAGACUGUGGAUUACGCCAAUGACUUUCCAGGAAAUAUGCUUGGACUGCAGGACCAGAGACAUUUAAAGACUUUUGGCAUUGUUCCUCCUUUGGAAUAAAAUGACGUUUCCUCUCUAGUGACCUGAUACAAGCUUUGAAAUGCCCAAAUGGAAGAAGCCGAUAUGAACAUUUCAUUGUUUUGGCUCUUUCGAACUCUUCCGGUUGUACAGAAAUAAUGAAGGUACAUUUUUGUCAUCUUAUUUAUAACUGUGUAUGUACUGUAUAUUAUAUUAUAAAGUGCAAUAGCUGUCAGUGUGUGCAUCAUGUCGCUCAUUCAGGUCAUUUGUGUCCAGUACAAAGUUAGUCAGACGUCUUCACGCAAACGUGGGAAGAUACUACCUCUUACAGCACCUCUGAGUGGUACAUUAGGUACACUUGCACAAUCUAAUAAAAUGAUAAAACUCUCAGGAUGUUAUACAUCGCAAGAAAAUGCAACCAAAAUAUUAAUCUUAAGGUUUGAGAUGGUGUCGAUUAAAGUAGAACGUUAUCUUUGUAAAGGUAAAUAUUUAAUACCCAAGUUUACAGUGCAUUUUGCUAAUAUUGACAGACCGAAAUGUAUAUUUUGAAUGCUUCUUUCAUUGGUUGUCUUUGUAAAUUAUGAACUCUUCACAUAUACUGUACAGUAAAUUUAUUUUAUUUUUAUGGUUCAAUUGUUUUGAAUGAUACAAUUUAAAAAUGACAAUGAAUUCCGUUUUUAACUGCAAUAGAUUGUGCAAGCGUACCCAACCUGGUGCUGCAACUUUUCUGUACUCAAUGGGAAUACUCCACAAUAUACUCCAUGCUGGCCAAAC